AUGAAUCCACACCAGAAGAACAAGAUCGACAUCUCCAAAUUGUCUGCGGACGAGCAGCGUCUGUUUCGACUUUAUGGAAAACUGCCAAAUAAGAGUGAUCUGUUGCAGAACAAAUUGAAGGAACGUAAAUAUUUCGACUCUGGUGACUAUGCCCUGUCCAAAGCCGGCAAAGCUUCCGACACGGGCGUUACUACCAUUGGCACCGAACAUCCCAAAGCCGAUGAGAUCCCUCACAUGAGUCCCCUCAAACACACUCUCUCGCGCACGGAUUCAGUCUCCGGUGCGGUUGGACCAGGAGUAGGUGUCGGUAUUGCGACCAGUCCCGAUGGGCAAACCAUGCUACCUGGCGCGGGAAUGCAUCGUGGAGGUAUCAAUGGAAUCCCUCGCGGUGGACUCCCGGGAGCUACAAGCCGUAGUCCAGUCAAGGAGAGCAGCUUCUUGGCCAGGAGCGCCAGUGCUGACGAGCAAGAUGCUACCGUGGUUCAAGAAGGGGAAGCUGACGGCCCUGAUGUUAUGGCAGGAAGUAUCAGUCCACCGGCUAGAAAGGAGGGCAUCCCAAUUCGACGAUGA